GAUUAGGGUUUAUAGCGAUGGCCUUCUUCGAUCGUGAUGCGCACGUCCAGUUCUUUGCAGGAUUUCUCGUCCGCGGCCUGUCGGCGGACUACCUUGGGCAGGAAUGCAACACGCUCUCGUUAGCCUACUUCGCGAUCUCGGCUCUCGACAUCCUCAAUGCCCUGAAUCAGAUUCCGACUGGCGAGAUCGUGGAUUGGGUGUAUAGUUUGCAAGUUUUGCCGCUCAAGGAGCUCGAUGAGUACGCGGAGAAAGAUUUGAGGUUUGGAUUUCUUGGAUCACGCUCGACUUAUGUGUCUCGUGAUGGCGUGGAGUCCUCAUACGAUGGUGGUCACCUGGCCAUGACUUACUCGGCUUUGGCGAUUUUGAAGAUACUUGGAGACGACUACUCUCGAGUCUCUAGAAAUGCCAUUGUUCGUUCCAUGCGAUCGCUACAGCAACCGGAUGGACGCUUCACUCCUGUUCAUCUGGGUGCUGAAAGGGAUUCGCGUUUCCUCUUCUGCGCAGCUGCCAUUUGCACUUUCCUUCAAGAUUGGAGUGGCAUGGACGUACCGCUGGCCUGUGACUACAUAGCCAAAUGUCAGUCAUAUGAUGGUGGUUUUGGAUUGUGCCCGGGUUUAGAGGCUCAUGGAGGUGCUACCUACUGUGCGCUUGCAGCUCUCAAGCUUAUUGGACAGUCUGCUGAAAAGGGAAUAACAGGCAUAGACUUCCCGCUUCUGACCAGUUGGUUAUUACAGCGACAAGCAGUUACCGGAGGCUUUCAAGGAAGAAUCAACAAAGCACCAGACACAUGCUACGCUUUCUGGGUCGGGGCCAGCCUUGUUUUUCUUGGAGCCUACGAACUUUGUGACCGAGAAGCUCUACGAUUGUCUUUGCUUAGUUGCCAAAGCGAGAAAGGUGGAUUCAGCAAGUAUCCCCAUGACGAUGCGGAUAUGCUACAUUCCUACUACGGUGUCUGUGGCUUCAGCCUUCUCAACGAGCCUGGGCUUGAGAGUCUAUGCUGUGAGCUAGGCAUUUCCGCUCGUGCUGCCGGUGAUUUCGGCAUGGGUUCUGACACGGUGAAGUUUUCAUAUCUUGAAGAAGAAACUCCCGACUAACACCAUUCAAACUAUGAGGUGGUCAAUAUGCUUGGAACCAGUUGAUCGCAAAAUGCGGCUGGAAAAUUAUGCCGGCUAUUUGGCCUGGGGUUUGUCUCAUCUUGUCCUUCCUCUGUUCUUGCGGCUUGUUCUACCGCGUUCUUCUCCCGCAUACUCUUAACAGCUUGUGACAGUCGGUAUUUGGCUA